AGAAAUAUAGAUUUUCUUCGGACAUGGCCGCUGUAUCGGCAAUACAAUACCUGCAAUGUUUUGUAUAUUCAUAUUUAUUUUUUAUAAUGAAUAAAGAGUUUUUUACUUAUAAGUAGUGAUUAGCGGAUUGUGUAUAGUGUUGUGAUAUUUGUAAUGGAUGCAGAGAGCGAGAACGAAAAGAAGAGAAUCCGUGAUGCAAUUCAGACUAUAGAGACACUGCAGUCGAUGAUAGACGUUUCGGCGAAAAGGCUCGAGGGUUUGAGGACAGUAUGCUCGACGAGCGCAGAACUGACGCAACAGGAGAUCCGGACCCUGGAGAGCAAAUUGGUGAAACACUUUUCAAGACAGCUAGUAAUCAAGGCGCAGUUCAAAGAAGAUAUACAACGUGAGCUCGGACACGUGCCCAGCUUGCGGCAAUGGCUGCACGUUGUGGGGCUCAGUGUUGAUGCUAUAGAGGUGGUGCUCUCCCGUGUGUCGACACUGGAAGCUCUGCGGGAGCGGUCGGACUGCGAGAUGCGGGUGAUGCUGCGCGGUGCGAGGGACGAGGAGGUGCUGCGGCUCAUACGGGCCAUGCAGAGGCUAAAGUCUUAUACAGACGCGCUGGCGCGCGGCGAGGGCGCUGCCGAGCUGCCGCUGUACUGGGACUCGUGGGAGCGCCACGGGCGGGGCUCGCCGCGGGCGCGCGACGACCGGAAUGCUAAUCACAAGAAAGGCGGCAAGUCGCCCACAACGCCCAUAAAUAAAAGGAAGCAGAACGUCCACCUGCCCACGCCGGCCGCUCUCACCAAGUCGCGCUCGCACGAGUCUCAGCUCUCUGUCAAGCCUGAUGCUUCUGAUCUCAGUGACAACAGCCAGUCGUCGGCGGUGGGCACGGCGGAAGGCAGUCCGCCGUCGUCGCCGCGCGAGCCCGACCCCGACCCGCCGCCCGCGCGCUACUACAACACCUCAAUAUCAAACAUUACCGCGCCGCGCUCGCCGCGCACGCCCACCGUGAGCGGCUGCAUGGCGCACGACAUCGCGCACCGCUUCACCAAGACCUUCAACAUGAUCGCCACGUGCGACUACUGCGACAAGCAGAUGCUCUUCGGCUCCGGCCUCAAGUGCAAGGAGUGCAAGUUCAAGUGUCACAGAGACUGUGAGAGUAAAGUACCUCCAUCGUGCGGCUUGCCGCCCGAGUUCGUAACUGCGUUCAAAGAGAAAUUCCACAAAGAUGGUGGUCUGUACCUGACGUCAUCGGUGGGCCGAACGCUAACGAUGCAAUCCGUGACGCCGCUGCGGAGACGACCUCCCCCGGCGCCGCACCAUCACUCUGGUGGUCCGGACUCGUCCAACUCGAACACGUCGUCGUGCAACAGCUCGACGCCGUCCUCCCCCGCGCCGCCCGCGCCCGCCACCCCGCAGUCGCACCACCACCACCACCACCCGCACCAGGCGCACCAGACGCACCAGGUGCACAACUCCAAGCAGCAGUUCCACUUCCCAGAGGUGAAGCCACCGGUGUCGAGUCCGAACCACACGUCGGCGGCGCAGUCCCCGGCGCGCGCGCUGGUGCACCAGGACACCAAGGAGGAUCUCACCGCCAGUAUUAAAAGCGAAGGAUCAGGUCGAGUGUCGUUGAGCGGGUCGGGAUCAACGGACGACUCGAGGUGGCCGAGACAGAAUAGCUUGUCAAUGAAGGAGUGGGACAUUCCGUACGACGAGCUGAAGCUGUUCGAGGUGAUCGGCACCGGCCGCUUCGGCACAGUGUAUCGUGGCAGCUGGCACGGCGCCGUCGCCGUAAAACUGUUGCAUGUCAACGCUCUCAGCGACCACUCCGUGCCGCUGGACACCUUCAAACACGAGGUAGCGACGUUCCGCAAGACGCGGCACGAGAACCUGGUGCUGUUCAUGGGCGCUUGCAUGAAGCCGCCGCGGCUCGCCAUCGUGACGUCACUGUGCAAGGGCAUGACGCUGUUCACGCACAUACACCUGCGCAAGGACAAGUUCACCAACAACAAGAGCGUCAUCGUCGCGCAGCAGAUCUCGCAGGGCAUGGGCUACCUGCACGCGCGGGGCAUCAUCCACAAGGAUCUGAAGACGAAGAACAUAUUCCUGGAGAACGGGAAGGUGGUCAUCACCGACUUCGGCCUCUUCAGCGUCACCAAACUGUGCUUCGGGAACAACGCGCGAGGCGACAGUCUGGGCAUCCCGCCGGGCUGGCUGUGCUACCUGGCGCCGGAGCUGGUGCGCGCGCUGCGGCCGCACGCGUCGCUGCACCUGCCCUUCUCCAAGGCCACCGACGUGUACGCGUUCGGCACAGUGUGGUAUGAGUUGCUCUGCGGCGAGUACCCCUUCAAAGGCCAACCCCCCGAAGCCAUCAUCUGGCAAGUGGGGAAGGGGGUGAAACAGUCGCUAGCCAACAUGCAGGCUUCUAGAGAUAUUAAGGACAUUCUAAUGCUGUGCUGGUCGUACAGAUCGCUGGAGCGGCCUGACUUCCCCCACCUAUUGUCGACGCUAGAGAAACUGCCGCGAAAGAGGCUCGCGCGCUCCCCCUCGCACCCCGUACAUCUGUCCCGCUCUGCCGACUCGGUGUUCUGAGAGCGGCUAGUCAGCGCAGUGUGCGUGCGCCCUUAUUGUUGUUUUGCUUCUUCGAUGCCCGAAAUACGAGUUAUGUAUACCAGCGGCGAAGACAUUUUGAAAAUCCAUGUAUACUUAUUCAUUAUUGUAAUGAAUAAAUGAGAAAACGGAAUUUGUAUCAAGCGGUAUGAAUUUCCUUUCUUUUUUUGGGGACCGCUUACCUUCGACAAAAUUCCAUCCUUCGCCACUGAUGUAUACGUUAAGGACCAAAGCGUAUCUAGUGAUGCGCAGCGAACCGCCAUUGUUAUAGUCAAUCUGUUAUUGACAUUCUUUGUAAAUGAUAUAUUUUUAUAGAACAACAUAAAGUGCUGAAUGGAUAUGGAUGAAAUUUUGCAUAGAGAUAGAUUAUAUUCAAGAGUAUCUCAUAGGCUUCUUAUUCUGAUUUGUCUAUGGGAAUGGGGUCUACGCGGAUGAAACCGCGGGAUAUACCUAGUGAAGUUUGCAGUUAAAUAAUACAACUAAUCCAUAAAAGGCGACGAGAGUAUAUGGGUUAAUUAAUUUUCUACUUUAUUUCAAUGCUAACAAUGUCAUUAAUAGAUUGACAGUAACAAAUACAACUCGCCGGCUAUGCAUCGGCCCUAUUAAAUUUAGUUCCCACAUCCCCACCUAUUACGUGACGCUAACUAGAAAGCGGCUAGCUAGCUGUUCAGUAAAUUUUCAAGUAAACUAACUUUUUUAUAACUACCCGCGCAUAUUCAUUUAUAUUUUAUAAACUUCUCUAGGCGCAAGCGAGGAAUUAUUAUUGUCUAUAUUAUUAUCUAUAGUUGUCGUCGGUAUCAACCCAUAUACGGCUCACUGCUGAGCUCGAGUCUCCUCUCAGCAUGAGAGGGGUUAGGCCAAUAGUCCACCACGCUGGCCCAAUGCGGAUUGGCAGACUUCACACACGCAGAGAAUUAAGAAAUUCUCUGGUAUGCAGGUUUCCUCACGAUGUUUUCCUUCACCGAUUGAGACACGUGAUAUUUAAUUUCUAUAGUUGUAACCUGUAUUAAUAUAUAUUAAUGUGUUUCUCGCCAAAGCAACACAUUAAUAUAUGUUAAUAAAUAAAAAUGUGUCCAAAGUAAUUUAAAUUAAAUGAUUGUGGUUGUAAAACUUGAAAAUUUACCUUACAGACUGGCAUAUUCGCUAAGACCUAUAAAUGUCAAAUGAAUUCGGUGGCUUUGAUGUAAAAGCGAUCGAAUUAGCGAAUAAGUACAGAGCUGCGGACAAUUUUGUCAAGCUCGAAUUUCUUACUAUAUUAUGAGUAUAGUAUCGAAAUUUUAGUAUAUUGGACAUAAUUUACAAACCGUACCAACAUUACUAUUGGCUGAACAAUACCGUUUAUAAUAAGACCUCGUCUUCGCAGUGCAGGGGUGCGGGGUAUGAUGACAGGGGAGCUAAAGUUUUAGUACUUUGUGACAAUUCGUCCUUGUUGGAAAGAAGGAAAGAAAAAAAUAUUUAUUUCUAAAAUGACACUGAAUCCCUUGACACUAUUUGUAGUGCCUGAUACCCAGAUGACUUAAUUAAGUCAAAAACCAAAAGUAGUCUAAGCAUCAGAACACCACUAUGCAUUAUGGGUAGCACUAUCAUGCCUAGUUCUGCCAGUAAACAGCAUUGCUGUGCUGUGCUGUCUGGAGAGUAUGAUUGCCGGUGUAAGUACAGGCACACGACGUUUAAAAUAUAUGAGAUUGAUAUUGCUAUAGAGCAACACUUUGUAAAAUUUGUGUCUGUCACUCUAUCCUCAAUAAUGACGUCAUAUCCCUCGCCUAAAUCACUGCAUUCUGACGUCAUAUCCUUCGUACCUCUGUACAAUGCUGACGAGGACUCCGUUUUAUUAGUUUUUAUAUUAUUUCAGUCAAUACAGACUAAUUUUAACUGUUAUUCAAUAACAUAUUUUAAAUUAUGACUGUUUUUUUUAAUUUAUACAAAAGCUCUUUGGAAAAUCUCUAAUAAAGCCUGCACACGUUCCGUCUGUCGCAAAACAUAGAUCAAGCUAUGGCAUUGACUUACUUUCAAUUAUUAUAUUACUACUUAUUUUAUAUUAAAUUAUUAACCCAUCAAUGCCCGCGAGUAUUUUAUCGAAAAGCCCGUCUGCGUUGAAGAAGCCGACAGUCAGGGAAUGCGGUUUUAAUCUACCGUUGUGAGCCAUUUAAAAAAAUCUUUAUAUUCCUCUAUCGCGCGGAGCAUGAUACUGUGCUCGCCUAUUGCCCUUACUUUACUUUAUAUUUUUUACAUGUCACGUAACGGAUACGAUGAGCGACCGGUCGUCCAUUUAGGAGUCAAGUGGAGGUUUAUUAACACUGUAACGUUUAUAUUUCAAAAUGACCAAAUUUAAUUUUUUUUUGCUGAACAUUAACUAAAGAAUGCGAGUAUUUUUUCUAUGAAUAACGAUCGUGUUUACAGUUUUAUGAAUAUGCGCAAGUCUGAACGUGUAUACGGCUCAUAAUAGCCGUUGUCUAUAAUAUAGUUAGUUCUAUUUAUUUGCGUAAACGGGUAAUCGAUACUUAGUAAAAUUGAGUUUUUAUAAAAAGAAAAAAAAAACACUCUAAAAUUACUAUUAUAUUGUGUACUGCGUCCGUACUUCAUUGCUUUAUUUAAUGAAAAGAUUAAGAUAUAUAAUUAUAUUUUAUAAAAUUUGUUGUGUGCUAUGUUUUAAAAGAGAUCGCUGGUUCGAUCCUCAACUGAACCAAUUUUUAUUUCAGUCUUAACUAGUUUUGGCACCUGAGAUAUUUGUAUCCCUAUUAAAUUUACCUGACACAUUGAACACAUUGUGUGUGUGUGUUUUCUAGAAAUAAACACAAUAUAUAAUUUUCAUCAAUGAAAUAAGAAUAAAUCAUUCUUGAUUUAGAUAUGCGUAUUUGUUUUCAUGUUUUAGAAGCUUUGGCUGCAGAUGUGUAAUCCAAUUUAAACUUUGAGACGAGAAGGAUAUGUUUCAUUUUACUCUGACUUUUGAGUUUACUGUAUCUCAAAAGGCGUAUUCACAUUAAAAGCAGGUUGCCUGCGUCCAUCGACCAGCGCUUAUCGGUACUGCAGGUUUAUUCAUUAUCUGACGUAUUUCACUAUCGACGUAUGCCAGUUGACAUAUACGAAAUUGAGAUUCUGUCUAACAAAUGUUAUGCGGCGCCUCUGGUGGAUAUCAUACAGUAGGUAGAUGACAUUUCUCAAUUGAUUUGAUGUUUAAUUGAAUGGGUUCAUAAUAAAGACCGAAAUAGUGAAUAGGUCCGCGCAGAUAGUCCGUAUCGAUUCUCCGUACUUGUGUCAAACCAUUGCCAAGCGUCGCCGACAAGUGCCGAUCUGCUUCGAAUAGCGUAGUACGGAGACUCGUACGGACUACCUGCAAUAGCUUAGCUACCCAGGGGCUAGGCGGUGCAGUGCCCCGGGGCCCUUGAAUCCUUACCAGAAAAUCGCGAUCGAACUGAACUUGGAAAAUUUUCACAUAUAGUGUAAACUCCAUGUAACGUCACUCGAUUUAACGUCAAACUCGCUAAAGCGUUGACAUCACAUGGCUUUGAUUGGUUUAGCUUGCUCUCCAUACAAUGAUUCACUCUAUAUAGCGUUACACCUACUAUCUAUAACGACAAGUAAUAAAAAGUACCUCUUUAAGUUGCCAUAAUUCUUAGACGCUGUCUACGUUUUUUUGUGUCGCUUAACUAUCCUAGCCCGUAAUAAACUCGACUGACGGUAUCAUGCAAAACAACACUUUCGACCACUCUCAAUAACGCUAUAAAAUGUACAGUCCCUUUAGUGACGUAAUAUAGAGUUUUAUAUAGAGUAGAUUGGAUAGUAGUGGGGUCCCAUUUUUUCAUUUGGUUACAUAGCUACGUUACUCAUUACCUGCACCGAGUAUCUGAGCGGAUCAAUAAGCGCUGGUAGUUCGUCGCAGGCAACCUCCUAUCUAUGUGAAUACGCCCUUACAGUCGUUGAAGUGUUUAAGUACGGGCGUAAUCCUUUUUCUUGAUCUCUUGAUUUUAACGAUAGAUUAAAUUAUAUUUUCGUAUUUAAAACGUGAAAGUUGACUGUUGUUGGUUAAAUAAUAAUAAUGAUAAUGAUAAAAAAAAUUAAUAAAAAUUAAAAAAUAAAAUGUUGUAAAUAUUGUAUAGUGUUAAAGGUUUUGCUGUGAUGACCGAAGCGAAUUUUCUUGUGGUCUUUGUAUAUAGUAGUCAUUUUCAAUUGUACCUACAACUACAUUAUAGUCUCAGAGCCCGUGGUACAUUGACCUACCCUCAUUUAGGUUUAUAAUCGAUUAAACAUUUUCUAGAAUAAUACACAAGGUAUAAAAGUACCUUGGCAUUUUUUUUUUAAAUAUUCAAUAGAAAUUGUUUACUUAAAAAUAUGCAUGGGUGGCAACAUUUUUAAGCGAUUAUACCUACGUGUUUUAUAAAGUAUUAUUAUUUUUUUACUUACGAGGGUAGGUCGAUGCAAUUCGGAAUCUAGUACUAAUACACUUAUUAAGUAUAAAAAAAAAAUGAAAGAAAAAGAAACGUAUUAGCAUAAGCGCAGGUAUUAAUUUAAUAGUUACUUGUAGGUUAUAUCACCAUUUUAUUUAUUUCGCGCAUAUAUAUAUUAUCAAGUCAGUAUUUUGGUAUUAAGAUGAUUAAUUUUUACUAUCACGUUUCAUAACUUUGCAUUUCUAUGCAUCUUUGUAUGAUGACGAUAUUCUCUAGUAUAUAAUAUAAUAAUUAUGAUUAUAACUUGUGGAUCCUGGGCACGGUACCAAUUUGGGUUUCAUUAAGAAUUUAUAAUUUUAAAGUAAGGUUUGGCUUAUACCGCGUUUAAACAACUUACAGGUACUAAGUUUGCACGUUGCCGUUUUAAAGAAACAAAUAUUAUUAUUUUGUUGUUAAUCUAGUUACAUUGAAAAGCAAAGUGAUUUAAUUUGACAUACUAGAAUUUAUAAUGUUCUUAUUUAAUUGAUAUCGAUAUAUUUCGGACCCUUAUUCCAUGUACUACACUAAAUCAAUAUUGUUUAUAUUAUAAAAUAUGAGUCAACUACCCUAUUCAAUUAGGUCUAACGCAAUUUCAGUUCAGACUUUAUAGCGAGGGAGUUGGUGGCAAUUGAUUCAGAUUUCAGACAAUUUGAUUUUAUCUCCUCCAUAUAAAAAGAGGAAAGCAGUUUGAUUUUUUGGUAUAAUAAAACUAUAGUUAAAACAAAUAGGCCGAUUUGAAAAAUUAUUUCACAAUUGGAAUCCAACAAUAUUCCUGAUGAACAUAGGCUAUAUUCACUAACACCGUAAUCCCAGGAGAACGGGAACUACGUUGCGUUUUUAGCUAAGUAUGUUAAUUUGGAAGACAAACUACCUUCUAUGACUUUUUAUUGGAUUUUAUAGUAAAAAAAUAUUAUUUGCCGCCAGCUCUUUGUCUAUGAUGACGAAAGUUUGAGUGUGUACGUUUAUUUUUUGUAAAUCUGUAAAAAUAGUUCAUUAUUUUGGUAAGACAUUAAAAAAAAUUAUAAUAACAAUUAAAUACAAUCGAAACUUUUACUUUGUAAGGGUUAUAUAUUACAUAUGUAUGUAUGUAAUGUAUUAUUAAAUCUAUAUGAACUGUAACAGAGGCGGGUUUGUGAAUUUGUGGUAGUUCAAAAAUUCAUGAAAUAUUUAUUGAGGUGAGCUUAAUUAUGAUUUUUAUGAAAUUCAUUCAUAAAUGUGAUAGGGCGGGACAAAGUAGAGGAGUGUCUUAUACAUAUACAUGUUGUAUGUAUGUUUUAACAUAUUUCUGACCCCUUUGCCUGGCCUGGAACCAAGUAGAGCGGUUUAAAACAUUGUAUAACUUUGUUUAUUAAUAGACCUGUAACCUAUGUUAAAGUAAAAAAACAAUUUACAUCUUGAUAGUAUUUAUUGUCCCGAUAGAUUGUAUAUUAAGAAAAUUCAGAAGUGAAUUAAAAAAUUUAAACAAAAAUAAACCCUUGAAUGGCACAGAACAACCUUGAGCAAUGUCAGAAGCUUGGGACGCCGAGUGCAGGUUUAAAAUUCCUUGAUGAUGUCCCUUCAAACACAUGUUUUUUUAGUUCGACAUCAUGUCUUUUGCUUUAUUUCAUUCUCUACACAAGAUAAUUAUGUGUAAAUGUGUAGGCAAAAAUACUUUACAUACUCAUUCCUCAUUAUAUCAUAAAUUCAACAGAGUUUAUAUGGAAUUUUCUGUGAGUAAAGCCAGUGUGUUACCUAAAAUAUUCACAAAAAUGCAUGGCUGAAAAAAUAUUCAUUUACCAAGUCCAGGAUCCCUCUGACUUAUGGAAGGACUUAUAUUCGAAAAUAACUAUUUUGACAUCAGUUCUAGUGUGAAACUUGCAAGAUCAUCAUUUUACAAGAUUCAUACUAGUCCAAGUUUCACAGACCACUGGCCAUGGUCCAGACAGUAUUCUGAAAGUGGCUAAAACAGUUUAAAUUUUAUCUAUUAAUAUAUGUAUAUAUAUAUUAUAGACAUAAAGAUGGUUGAUGUAAAUAAAAAGAGCAUUCCUUUGA